AUGGCUGAUGAGGUCCAACUCACCCAGGUCAAUAAUGACCUUCCCUUCAAGCACGCAAAGAGCACUGCCAAAGCAUGGGACAGUGUCGCGGCCAAGCUACUGCAGGCUCCAUCGUUUGCGAGAUAUGGACUGGACGGGAAGGAGGCAUCAAGUCAUUUUUUCCACUUGCUCCGUGUGCACCGAAAGUUUCAAGAGACUUCCAAGUACCUGUCGGGAGUAGCACAAGAUGAAACCGGCAAGAUUGUACGUUUGGACGAGCUGCUGCGGUUGCAUGACGAACACACCGAACAGCGCCAAGCCGAACGGACUACAGCAACGGCAGCUGCAAGCGAAAAGGAAGAAAAAGCAUCACACAUCCGUGUACAAGCGAUGCGUCGUGGCCGCCGCUCGUCGGUCGAACCAGACGAUUCAACUGACAGUGAUGCGCAAAAGCAGAUCAAUACGAAUGUCCGGUACAAGAGGUCGUUCAACGAUGCAAGCAAGCAGACGGAAAAGCCGCAUGAGUUGUCGGAAAUUGGCUCCAUGACGCUUCUUAAGCAGCACUUCGAUCUCAUGGCAUGA